GGACAGCAAUUAGCACUCACUGAGUCGGCGUGAGUGCCCUGGGGAGGUCGGCCUCCUCGAUAAAAGCCUCGGCUGAAAGAGAGCCAUCGCUCAUUCAAUUCUGCUCGACACAUCCGCUGGUAGGCGACGGGCGAAUGACGAGAGAGAUGCCGAGAGUGAUGCACACACACACACCUCUGUCCUCUUCUCGUCAGCCGUGUUUGAGUGUGUCGCCAUGGCAGCGGCGGCGGCGGCUUCAUCUGCUGGUGCUGCGCAUCAGGCAGAAGUGAGUCAAGGCACAGCACACACAGCCAUAAUGUGCCAUUGGAAUGACUCCUUCAUUUGGUCAUUCAAUUUGUUAGGCAAUGCCAUUCCCUGCGCCGUGCCGUUACCAGGAGGGCACCCGUGUUGUGUUGCUGUCGAGCACCAAGAGGGCUCCGACCAAUGACUACGUGUGGGUCACGGCCAGCAUACAUCACAUCGACCCACACGUGGUCUACAUGAAGGCGGGCACUCUGCACAAUGGGACGGCGCUCCACAUGAGGGAGGUCGGCGGGAGGGGGGAGGAGUUCAUACGAGUGGUGCCGCACCAGAGCAACACAGACACACACACGAACCCACAGCCACCCGUGGUAGGCAAACACAGCUCAACAGAAAGUCCCGGACAGCACUCUGUGAUGUUUGGUGCUUUGGUGUGUGGUGUGAUGUGUGUGCAGGGGUGGGAUGUUAGCAAGAAGGUACACACAGCCACACACGACACACGAAUGAUGUCAGCCACUCUAAUGCCUAUCUCCCUUGGUCUUGUCUUCGGUGCAGGCCCCUGAACGCUUUGGCGAGGACCUUCUGGCGUUGUUCUUUAGCUUCAUGACCCCUCGCGAGCUGUCGGCCAUCUUCCCUCCCGCUCGCAGCACCGACUCCGAAACGACCGUCCUCCCGUCGACCAGUGCCGGUCCGCUGUUUGCCGGCGCCGCCUUCGGACCCCUCAAGGGCGAGAACACAGCUGCGGCCAGCGGGGACGCGGCCUACGGGGCAUCAUCUCUGUUUGGCGGGUCUUCUCUGAUCGGCACAUUAACGGGAGAGGGGGGCCUGUCGAGUGCUGCGGCAGCUGCGUCAUCAGGCGGCCGUUCCUCGUCGGUGUUCACACUUGGCGCAGUGGCCACACCUGCGGUCAAAAAACCACGGUCCCGCGCCAAGCGCAUCAGUGCCGCCCCUUCACCCGCCUCGGCCGCCGGCCCUACCAACCCCACCACCACCAUCACAGCCCCAGUAGACCUCUUCGGUGGCAGCAUCCAGACGCAGACUGGCAGCGUCUUCGCGCCUCCCAAAGCACCAUCUACAGCACAGUCGACAACCACACCCGCCAGCGGCCCACUCGAGCUCGGGAAGGCAUCCACGGGGGGAGGAGUCGGCGACCUGUUUGGUGGCGGGGCGGCAGCGUCGGGAGUCAAGUCGACGGACAGCCCGCUCAGCGGCGCUGGCAGAGCGAGCCUGUUUUGCCAGGGCGGGGCUGCCAUGGGGACGGGCGGCAUAUUCGGCCUCUUCAGCGGUAGCAGCAUCUCUGGCGGGACUGGUGAGUGUGUCACGUCACGGAGCAACACACACAUGGAUGGAUCGCAUGCUGGCUGCCUGUCUGUGUGUGUGGAACGAUCAGCUGCGGCGGCGUCAUCUUCAUUCAGUGGACUGUCAUUCUCGACUGGCGACAGCCUGUCUGGCGGUGCGGCCUUCGGGCAGCAAUCAUCCGGUGGUGCCGCACAGAGCAGCCCCUCCCUCAUCCACACGGCAGCCCUUCAGCAGCAGACACACAUCGCCAUCGACUCUUCUACCGAGGACGAGCGCCAGUUCUGGGAGAGCAUGACGACUGAGGAGGCCUUCCAGCUCGGCAAGCGGCUCGUCAACCUGACAGCAGUCACCCCCGUGCAGCCACACAACGACCGGUCAUGGUGUCUGGACAUCAUGAUGAGCGUCGUGGAGGGCCAUGCGGCUGGGCGGCGCGAGGCGUGCGAGAAGGAGGGGCAGCAGCACACGGCUGUCGGCAGUUUGGAGACCAUCAACUUCACCACCCCCACCACCCCCACCAGCAGUGUGAAGCAGCACCGUUCCCCUAUCCCCCCUUCAUUCGCCGCCCCGCCCCCGACCCUCCAUGCCCUCAGGGCCGUCACAGGAGCCGUCCGACAGCACAGUGUGCUGGCCGACAGGGGCUGGAAGAUGCCCGCACUCGAGAGUGUCGAGCUGUGGGGGUGGGAUGCCGAGUUGCUGGGCCGUUUCAUAAGCUCGUCGUCAUCGCUGAAAGGGGUGGAGGGGCGUCGGCGGUCAUGGGACAAGUGGGCAGCUGUGUUUGAGCACUUCCCCGUCGCAUCCGCCGGCCAGCCAGGGCCGCUCAGACAGCUGCAGACCAUCGGAGGGAUCACAUGGUUCCGCGGGGACGAGGGAGCAGUGAGUCGACUGCAGGUAGGCAGUUAUCACACAGGGGACACCUCAUCCAAUGGUGUCCUUCUCUCUUGGUUUCUAGGAUGUGCUCACGUCGCGUGGCUGCCGCAAGUCGCUGACGAGGCUCGACGUGGAGAUCCCACCAUUCGGGGACCACGACGACCUGUCUGCCCUGCUGGCUGUCGACAAAUUCAUCAACACCUGCUGCGCGCCCGAUGUGCCGCUCACCGUGUCGAGUGGGGGGGGCAUCUUCAAGCUGUCCCUCUUCUACGCCGACGAGUUCCCCCGUCGCCCCUCGCCCUUCAUCAAGGAGGCCAUCCAGAAGGCGGCACGGCAGGCGAUGUAUGUGACUUACACCAUCAGCCAGCAUGACAUCACCCACCCCCUUGACACCCCCAGCCAGGUGGCCGUCGAGAUAGCACAGACACUCUCAUUCGACAAGGUGUGGAGGGUGUCGGUCAGCAAUGCCUAUGGCUUCGUCCCCCCUCCCGGCACCCCCCCACCCGUCCCCGCCAUCAUCAACCACCUACAGCAGCUCCCGAGGGCAAGAGAGCUGCGUGUCCACAGCGGUCUGGUCGCAUCAUCUGCGGGCCGGCUGCUCGCAGAGAAGAUGCCCAGAAAGUUGUGGCGGGUGGAAUUUGGCAGAGGUGUGAGUGCAGAGGACAGACGCGGUGUGCUGGAGGCGCUGGGGGCGGGGAGAGAGGUGGUCGAGGUCUUUGUGGGUGUGGAGUGGGGUGAGAUCAGUGCGGUCAGUCUCACGCAGGGUGGUGCCUUUGACGGCUGGCGGUCGAGUUCCCUGCCAUCGAGUCGAGAGAUAGGCAUGCACUUAGAAGGUAUGGCGGGAAUGCCUGCAGUGAGUGCAGCGGGUUGCUUGUCGGCUCAUUGUGUGUUUGUGUCCGUGUGCCGUCAUUCGUCAGUGUCCGAGGAGCUGGAGCCCCUUGCUGCUGCCGAGCUCAUCCGCAGCGGCCUGACAUAUCUGCUCACCGCCGGUGUCCGCGGCCUGAGCCGCGUGGGGGUGCGGCUGCCGAUGUAUGGCGACCUUAACGACGCCAUUCGACGGGUGGUCCACGACAUCAGAGUCAGCGAUUUCACCAUCAGCACACGGGAUGAUAAUGAAGACAUAGUGGUGGAGGCAACUCGUGGCUCCUAA